AUGGAUUUGAUGGCGAGUUGCAAGGACAAGUUGGCAUACUUUCGAGUAAAAGAGCUCAAGGAUGUCCUACAACAAUUAGGGGCUUCCAAGCAGGGGAAGAAACAGGAUCUUAUUGAGCGGAUAUUGAAGGUUAUUGCUGAUGAUCGAGUGUCGGGAUCCUGGGCGAAGAAAAAUAAUAUUUCGCCACAAGAUGUAGCAAAAUUAGUGGAUGAUACUUACAGGAAAAUGCAGGUGCCAGGAGCGACUGAGUUAGCCUCUAAAUCACAAGGUGUCUCUGAAAGUAGCAGCAUACGCUUCAAAGAGGAGCCUGAAGAAUCUUAUCAGAUUGAAAAAGUCCGCUGCCCCUGUGGAAGCUCUUUGCAGAAUGAAACAACUAUUAAGUGUGAAGAUCCAAAAUGCGGAGUGUGGCAGCACAUUGGCUGUGUUGUAAUUCCAGAAAAGUCUGGCGAUUGUGCCUCACCUGUUCCUCCAGAAACAUUUUACUGUGAACUCUGUAGACUGAGUCGUGCUGACCCCUUCUGGGUGACAAUUGCCAAUCCCCUUUAUCCUGUGAAGUUACUGAUUACUAGUAUUCCUGCUGACGGCUCCAAUCCUGUUCAGAGCAUUGAGAAAACAUUUCAGCUGACUAGAGCCGACAAGGACCUAUUGUCAAAACAGGAAUAUGAUGUCCAGGCCUGGUGCAUGCUUCUCAAUGACAAGGUUCCAUUCAGGAUGCAGUGGCCACAGUAUGCGGAUCUACAAGUCAAUGGUGUACCAGUGCGUGCAAUUAACCGGCCAGGAUCACAGUUACUAGGUGCCAAUGGUCGAGAUGAUGGACCUAUUAUCACGCCUUGCACUAGAGAUGGAAUUAAUAAAAUUUCCUUGACUGGAUGUGAUGCUCGCGUUUUUUGUCUUGGUGUCAGAAUUGUGAAGCGCCGGACUGUUCAGCAUAUUAUGAACUUGAUUCCUAAAGAAGCUGAAGGGGAGCGAUUUGAAGAUGCAGUUGCUCGUGUGAGACGAUGUGUUGGUGGUGGCAAUGCUACAGAAGCUGCUGAUAGUGACAGUGACUUGGAAGUUGUAGCUGAUUUUAUCCCUGUGAAUCUUCGGUGUCCUAUGAGUGGUUCACGAAUGAAGGUUGCUGGAAGAUUUAAACCAUGUGUUCAUAUGGGAUGUUUUGAUCUUGAGGUGUUUGUGGAAAUGAAUAUGAGGUCUAGGAAGUGGCAAUGCCCAAUUUGUCUCAAGAAUUACUGCUUGGACAAUAUCAUCAUAGACCCAUAUUUUAAUUGCAUCACUACUAAGUUGCGGAGUUUUGGAGAAGAGGUGAAUGAGAUCGAAGUGAAGCCAGACGGAUCUUGGCGGGCAAAGUCAGAUGGUGACCGUAGGGCCCUUGGGGAUCUUUGGCUGUGGCAUGCACCUGAUGGUUCUCUUAGUGUGUCCAUGGAGGUAGACUCAAAAACAAAACCAGAUGUUCCCAAGCAGAUCAAGCAGGAAGCCGGUUCUGAUGGGCAUCCUGGUCUGAAACUUGGAAUGAAAAAGAACAGAAAUGGUGUCUGGGAGAUUAGCAAACCAGAAGACAUGCAGACGUUUUCUUCCGGAAAUAAACUUCAGGAGGAGUUUUACCCAAGACAAAACAUCAUUCCCAUGAGCAGUAGUGCUACUGGCAGUGGGAAAGAUGGUGAAGAUGCCAGUGUAAACCAAGAUGGUGCUGGGAACCUUGACUACUCUACUGCUAAUGGGAUUGAACUUGAUUCAAUGUCUCUAAACAUUGACCCAAAUUAUGGAUACAAUGGUCGAAACUCCUCGGUUCCUUUGGGGGAUCCUGAGGUUAUUGUCCUUAGUGAUUCAGAGGAAGAAAAUGAACCCAUUGUUUCUUCUGGUCCUGUCUACAACAAUCUUCGGAGUGAUGGCGGUGGAGUAUCUUAUCCAGUUGCUCCACGUAUCAUUCCUGAUCACUACUCAGAAGACCCUGUCCUUAAUACAGGAGUUAAUGGUCCUUUCCAUACAAAUGAUGAUGAUCUAAUGCAAAUGUGGUCUCUAUUACCUUCUGGUAGUCAAACAGGUGCUGGUUUCCAGUUAUUUGGUUCUGAUGGAGACGUCUCUGAUGCUUUGGUAGAUAUGCCACCAAGUUCUGCUGCUUGUCCUUCAUCUAUUAAUGGCUAUACUCUGGCUGGGGAGACUGCAAUGGGUUCUGCUGCUUUUGUUCCCGAGUCUUCUUCACAACACCCUCAUGGUAAUAUCAGUGAGGGUUUGGUUGAUAAUCCCUUAGCAUUCAAUGGUAAUGACCCAUCCCUCCAAAUAUUUCUCCCUACGAGGCCUACAGAUGCAUCUGCACAGGCUGAAUUUAGGGAUCAGCCGGAUUUGUCAAAUGGUAUUCAUACUGAAGAUUGGAUUUCACUCAGUUUGGGGGGUAGUAGUGGAGGGGUAAAUGAUGGUACUGCAGCUGCUGGCGGGAUAAAUACGGGGCAGCAAUCGCAAUCAAAACAAGAUGGUGCCUUGGACUCAUUAGCUGAAGCUUCUUUACUUCUUGGCAUGAACGGUAAUAAAUCUGCAAAGGUUACCAGGGAAAGAUCAGAUAGCCCCUUUACAUUUCCUCGGCAGCGGCGAUCCGUGAGACCAAGGUUAUAUUUAUCAAUUGAUUCAGACUCUGAAUGA